AUGUCAUCCUACAACGAGCAAGAAUUAACACAAAACGAAGCCGUAGAUGAACGUGUGCAAGAAGUCCUGGAUAAAGUUAUUGAAACUAGAAACAACAAUGGUGGUUCUUUGACUGAAGACGAAAUAUUUGAAGAAUUAGAGAACGAUGAUGAUUUUGCGAUUGCCAGUUUUCGUGAACAAAGGAUGGAACAAUUGAAACAAGAAAUGAUGAAAUUACAGGAGAUGCGUCAGAAUGAUCAUGGCUCAUAUACAGAAAUUUUGAGUGAGAAAGAAAUACUUAAAAUAACAACUACUUCCAAAUUGUGCGUUGUGCAUUUUUUUCAUAAAGAGUUUCGAAGAUGCCAAAUUAUGGACAAACAUCUUACGUUUGUAAAAAUUGAUGUUGAGAAUGCAAAUUUCUUGGUGGUAAAACUUGGAAUACAAGUUUUACCAUGUGUGAUUUCUUUUGUGGAUGGAAUUGUAGUUGAUAGGAUCAUUGGUUUCGAAGGGCUCGGAAAUACUGAUUCAUUUACAACUACUACUCUUGAAUUAAGUUUAUCCAAAAGUGAAACUCCAAAGAAAACAGAACGUAAAAGCAUAUUUGGAUUUGCUGAAGCGAAUGAAGAGGACUACGACGACGAUUAA